AGGCUGCUGCGUUGCCCUAGCAACCAGACUAACAGGACGCAGUGGUUGGGCCUCUAGGCCUCUGGCUACUCAACCUCAGGGGUCUUCGCCCGCUCUGCUCGCUCCCGGCACCAUGUCGGUGCGGACGCUACCGCUGCUCUUCUUGAACCUGGGCGGGGAGAUGCUUUACAUCCUGGACCAGCGGCUGCGGGCCCAGAACAUCCCGGGAGACAAGGCCCGCAGAGAUGAAUGGACAGAGGUGGACAGAAAACGAGUUCUGAAUGACAUCAUCUCAACCAUGUUCAAUCGGAAAUUUAUGGAGGAGUUGUUCAAACCCCAAGAGCUCUACUCCAAGAAGGCUCUGAGGACUGUCUAUGACCGCCUGGCUCAUGCCUCCAUCAUGAGACUGAACCAGGCCAGCAUGGAUAAGCUCUAUGACCUGAUGACUAUGGCUUUGAAAUAUCAAGUAUUGCUGUGUCCCCGUCCCAAGGAUGUGUUGCUGGUCACUUUCAAUCAUUUAGAUGCCAUCAAGGGAUUCAUCCAAGACUCCCCAGCCCUCCUACAUCUAGUGGAUGAGACUUUCCGGCAGCUGCUUGAAAUAUACGGGGGUCUCCCUGCAGGGGAGUUCCAUCUGAUCCGGCAGACGCUCCUCGCCUUCUUCCAGGACCUUCACAUCCGGGUGUCCAUAUUUCUAAAGGACAGAGUUCAGAAUUCUAACGGUCGCUUUGUAUUGCCAGUGUCUGGGCCUGUUCCCUGGGGAAUUGAAGUCCCUGGACUCAUCAGAAUGUUCAACACGAAAGGCGAAGAAGUGAAGAGGGUCGAAUUCCAGCACAGCGGAAACUACGUCGCGGCACCAAAAGAAGGUUCUUUUGAAUUGUAUGGAGACCGAGUCCUGAAACUGGGAACUAAUAUGUACAGUGUGAACAGGCCUGUGGAAACCCAUAUGUCUGGACCAUCAAACAACUUAGCUUCACAGACACAGCAAAGCAUUGCUCCUCCAAACCCUCUUGCUAAAGAAGAGCUGAAUUUCUUGGCCAGGCUGAUGGGAGGAAUGGAGAUUAAGAAACCCGGUGGCCCUGAGCCAGGAUUCCAGUUGAAUCUCUUUACCACCGAUGAAGAGGAGGAACAAGCAGCGCUGAGCAGGCCAGAAGAGUUAUCCUAUGAAGUUGUCAACAUACAAGCUAUUCAGGACCAGCAAAGGAACAAAGAGCUGGCUCGGAUCAUGGGGGAGUUUGAGAUCACAGACCAGCCACGGUGGAGCGCCAGCAAGGGCGAUGAUUUGCUGGCCAUGAUGGAUGAGUUAUAGCUGUGUUGACCAGGCACACCCCUCCUGCCACAGGAGAGGCUGCCUCCUGAGGACCCUGGGGGGAUCCCCAGGGAGCGAAAGGAUGCUGCUAGUUUUCUACUGAGUAGAGCCGUUACCUCUUGUUCCUGUUUAUGUUGUAACGAACCGUGCAAGUGUCUCUGGAAGGCACACACAUACACAUUUUUUCAGCAAAAUAUAUUCUAGCUUUUAAAUUCGACCUUUCCCAUUUUCCUUCUGGUUUUAUGACAACCAUGCAAAGCAUCCUGGGCCAUAGGUUCAAGCUCCAGAGUCAGUAAGGGGGCACUGCCUCCCACUGCUGAGUCCAUUGACAGCUUUCCUGUGGGGCCCUGCAGCUCACAGAUGCCUGCACAUCAGCACAAAACUUCAGAGCGCUCCGGGGUGUAUUCUGCCUUGUGAGUUUGAAAUAAGUGGAAAAGGUAGUUGCCUCAAACAGUUGGGGCCCAGUUUAGACAGUCCUCCUGUCCCUAGCACACUGGGAACUAGAACCUCAGAGACAGAGGGAGCAAGGCUGUGCCCAAAACUCUCAGCUGGGUCCCACGCAGAGCACGUGGGAUCUAGAGUUCUCUGCACAUCCCUCCACCCAUAUGAGGUGUGGGCUUCUCCCGUAUGGAGAUGUGUACCAAGGAAGUAGUUUGCUUUCCAGCAUGAUGUGUCCUCCUCACCCCUCGAGUCUUCCUCUGCCACUCAGUGUUCUUGCUUUCUAAAGACACCCAGCAUGAUGUGCCAGGACAUUUGUCUCCUCUGCUUCACCAUCAGGGGCCAAGCAGAGCAUUAAGCUGGGUGCAUGGGAGGCACACAUGGUGUGCCAUUUUCCCUUCUAUGUACCAGAUAAGCGACUUCCCUGGGCACAGUGCCAAGUCUAAUAGGGAUCCAUGUAAAAUAUCUCAAACCAGGGCUGCCCUAAUUGUUUCAGGAAGACGCGUCAGCCUGGGACUGAGUAACUGGAGGGCUUGGGGCCAACCAACAUCCAGAGGUCAUGGUCCAUUCAGCCCUAUGGAAGAAAUAUCCAGAAUGACAGAGGGUAGGAGAGAAACUGAGCUCAGCUGGUCAUUGCCUGAGAUCGGACCAACCACAGGGACCACUUGGGGCUGUCACACCCUGGCAAGGGUGGAGGGAAACACAGUUCUGGAAUGUAAGGGCCAGGGAAGCUGUCCUUUCACUUGCCGAGGCGUAGGGUUUGGUUACAGAAAGGUAAAUCACCAAAUAAAUUUAAGUUGCUUCCUGGCCAUGAAAGUUACACUUUCUUACCUACAAAGACUCCCCAAGCGGUCCAAUAGGGAGGAAAGGCCUACCUUGCUAUAAAAUGCUUAUUAUAGCCUUGCAAAGUACUUUCUGUUUUAGUCUCUUUUAAGCAAUCUGGCCACCAGUUGGGGUGGCCUGACUGGGUGACAGAUGAAGGGGAAGGUUCUGACCUAUUCUGAGUCUGGCUCCCAUCGCACUGCCACAAACCUGAACUUCACUGUCUGCUCUGAGCACAUCCUGGGGCCUUGGAGGUGGGCCAUGAGCUGCCGAGAAGAGAUCAGACUCCUCCCUCCACCUACCCCAGAGCAAUGCUGAGGAUUUCAAAUGUAUCUGUCGUCUCCGUAAAUAAACAAGAUACAGAUCUCUGGUAAGGCAGCCUUAUGAUGAGGCAAUCUUUGGGUUUCAUGUCUCUAGACUUGUACAAAUAUUGAGAAAAACAAGUUUAUUUGCAUGGUGGUUCAGGGCAUCCAGAGAAAGCAGG